CAUGCCAUUUUUCAAGCAGGAGCAGCAUGGAGUUUCUGAGCCACAGUCAGGCCCAGAGGAGGGGCUUUAUUGGAUGAGAAGGGGGAGAGAGUGAGAGAGAAAAGCCUGGGGUAGGUAAAGGGGGAACUUUGCCGCCUAGCUGCCUGGUACAGGAGCAACCUGAGCAGCCGCAGCGCUGGUGAGAAUGCCACCGCCUUGUUGUUGCGUGGAACUGGCACAAUCUGACCUCCAUGUGAAAACUGCUCUUGGCUGGGAACUGUGGGAGUUCAACUGAGCCGUUGGAAUACAUUGUCUCCAUCUGGGCGCACUAUCCCAUCGGUGGCGUUAACAAGGAAGGAAUUCCUCUAUCACAGCUCCCACAACAAAGAAGAAAGGGAGAGGAGCAGAGCUGGUGGGAGGAGAAGUGAGGGGAGGGGAGGGGUGCACUGCGAGGGGAGAGGAGGACAUUGUUUGCCUGUGACUGUGGGCAACGGAAAAGCAUGAGUUAUCAGGGCAUGUGUGAGUGUGUUUAGAAAGUGUGUUUGUAUGUGGGCAUGUGUGAAUGAGUGGACUUGAUUGAGUGUGUUUGUGUGUGUGUGUGUGUGUGUGUUAGGAGGAGCCUUCAGUUUGGGAUGUUGGAGCCUGGAGGCCGUUCAAAGGAUGCUCAAACAAAGCUGGAUUUUUUUUUCUCCCCCUUUCUCUCCUUUUUGAAUGGUGAUUGAGGACUAGCUGGAUUCCUUUACUCAUGCUGUUUGGGCUCAACUGUGCUUCAGGGUAAGUGUGGUUCACGUAAGCUUCAAACCGCCAAAACUGCCAGUAGCACAGGAUUGGCUCAGGGAGAGUUUGGUUUUGGACUUUGCUGGUCUGUGAUUGAGGGAGCCAUGUGACAGUGAAGGAGUUGUGACCGUGGGAUAUUCUUUACUUAUUCUAACCAAGUGAAACGUACAAGUGCAGCUCAGGCAAUGAAAUCAGUGUGAAUGGAUCAUUCUGAUGUAGCUGAAGGAUCUUCCGCAUGCAUGGCCGAGGGGCCUUACAUCACCUAUUACUUCACUAGCCUCUGGGCUGAAGGAAUAUGGGUAACCUCAUCAGCCGGCCCAGCUGCCUGGGCCAGAAGUCCAAGCAUGUGAGGUCAGAUGAGGACUUCUUGAAGGAGUGCUACCAACGUCGAAGAGAGUGGCAGCUCCCGGAGCAACAUGGAGACACCAAGCCAGAAGUGGAUGUCAAAGACAAAGAAAGGGAGGAUGCAAACAAGGAAAGAGAGGUGGAGAGCGAGAAGGAGCCGCAGGAAAUUGAUCAUAAGAGAGAGGAAGGGACUCAUACUCCCAUUUCGGACAAACCCCUCCGCAGCUCUCCUGCCUCUACAAUCAGGAGCACCAGUACUCUGGAUAAUGCCUGGCACAGCACUCCGUCUCCAAUAAAAACAUCCCGAAAUGGGACACUAACAAGGAGAACAGUACCUCCCGAGUUUGCCAGAUCCCCCUUGGCUCACCCAGACAAGAGUGCUGCAGAGAGGAGGGCUAGCUUCCAGAGGAGAGACUCCAGAGAAGGAAGCCCCUGGUCCUGGAAGACUUUGGCAUCAAGAGAGGUUACAGAGGUGACGGAGGUGACAGAGACGAUCGUAACGGAAAUUGUGGAAGUGACGGAGUAUCCAUCUGGAGAUAAGGGAGGAGACCCCAUAGUCACCAGAACUGUUAGAGUCCUGAAUGGUGUCGCAGAGGAACUUGCUGAGCUCCAAAGUGAUGGACACUCAAGUUCAGACCAAGAUUCCAGCCUGGAUAGAUGGAGGGGAACAAAAUCUGCCUUGGCACUAAGGGAUGUGUCAACAGAUUCUGAGACAUUUCUCCAAAAUCUGGAAGCUUUGCUCACAUGGGUGUGUGAGAUAGAGGAGCUCACAGCCAAUCAGAAACCCCCAUCCUCAGAGGUCAAAGUGGUGAAAGCACAGCUCCAAGAACAAAAGCUCUUGCAGCGCCUCCUAACAGACCGAAGGCGUAGUAUGAACUCCAUGAUGCUUGAGGGUCCUCGGCUGAUGGAGGCCCACCCAGGAGAAGAGGGGGAGCAGGCAAAGGUCAAGCUCUCCACUCUCCAACAGAAGUGGGAAGCCUUACAACUAGAGGCAGAGCGAAGGCGAGCGAGUCUGGAGCUCAUUCUUCCCAGGGCUCAGCUCUUUCAGGAAGGAGUGGACAGCUUGCAGCAAUGGCUCAUAUCUGUGGAACAGACCCUUGCUGAACUACGAAAUGCAGAGAGGGUGAUGUUGCAUCUCUCAGAGGCCACAGAUAGGGCCAAGGCUGUUGUCGAAGAAAUUCAAGUCAAAACUGCUGAUCUUGGGAAAAUACAAAAGUCGGGAAAUGAGCUGAUGGAAGCAAUUUCAGGUGAAGAGAAUGAGGAGGAAGCCCAGCAAGUACAGGAGAAGAUGGAUGCUCUGCGUAUCCGUUGCUCUGUGCUGAGUCUAAGCAGCCUGGACGUGCUGCAGAGGCUGGAGCAGGCCCUGGAGGCCUCCAGUCGCUGUACGUCCAGCCAGGAGGACCUCCACCUGUGGCUGGGCCGCAUUGAGAGGGAGCUCCUGGGCGCAGCAGGAGCACAGACACAUGCUGGAGAUGCAGUACUAUGUGCAGCUGAGAGGCAGAGGCUGGAACAGGCAGUGGUGAAGGAGAUGGCUUGGUUCAGAGACAGGGCGCUGAGUCUUGAAAAACUGAAAACCAUUCAUCUGGAUCCCGAGCUCAUAGCAGAACAACUCUAUGAGCAGAAGAUUUUGGCAGUGGAGAUUCUCCAACACAGGUUCAAUAUAGAGAAGAUGGUGAAGAUCUCUGAAAUCUUGCUGACAUACAGUGAUGAAGGAGAAACAGGAGAUUUACGGACCCCUUUAGAGGCCUUACAGGAACAAUGCAACACCACCUCAGCCACCAAUUCCCAUGUGGUCCUGCAGCUUGAGCAUGCUCAGUCGCUCCUCCUCCAGUUCUCAGAGGGCCUCGCUGAGGUUUCGCCCUGGCUUGAAGAAACUCAAACCCUAAUUGGCCAGCUCUCCCUGAGCACAAUUAGCUAUGAGGCAUUUCGGGAACAACAAGACCUCUUACAGGGUUUGAGGGAGUCUAUAGCAGAACACCGACCCUUGAUUGUACGCUUAUGUGCUCUAGCAAAACGCUUGUCAGAACUGAACCCCAUUCAGGGAGAUGAGUUCUGUCGAAAGGCUACAGAGGCUGAGGCGCAGCAUAGUGCCAUCAGAGAUCGGGUCAGGGAGACCGCUAAUCUGCUGGAAGAGUCUUUGCCUCGAUUCACGCAGCUGAAUGAGAGGAUGACGCUUAUCAGAGAGAGUCUUGACCGCCUGCGCAGCCGCUUACAGACUCCCAGCUCUCUUCAAGGCCUCACCCCAAGGAUCCAGGAGCAGCUGCAGGACAACAAGCGCACCCUGGCUGAGCUGUCCAAGCUGGAGCUGGGCCUUGGCAGUGUCAAAACACAGGCAGAUGAGCUGCUGGCCAACACCCAAGCAGCUGGUGAUGGAUCUGUUGGAACAGCAAUCCAGGAGCGAGUCUCAAGAUUGUUACAGAUGUGGGAUGAGACGAAUACUCAGGCCCAGGAGAGGGAAAGCUGGCUCCUAAAACUUUUGGAUCUGGCCUUAAAGUUCUGGAGCGAUGUCAGUGAUGUCACGCUUGCUCUCAGUGAUGCUCAGCAGGCAGUUUUGGAUCUCAACGCGAGUUGUAGAGACUCUGAAACAAUCCGCCAGAGCCUUGAAACCAUGCAGACUCUCAGGGAGGAUAUUGACAGUUUACAGGGAGAUCUGGACACUCUUGGCGUUUUGGGAAUGGAUCUGAUGUCAGCAUGUGGGGAUACAGACAAACCAGAUGUCACAAAGAGCCUAGAUGAACUGUAUUGCACGUGGAACAACUUGAGCAAACUGUGGAACGAAUGUCACAAAAAGCUGGAGGAGUCCUUGCAGAUGGCACUACAUUAUCAAGACACUAUGCAGGGUCUUUUUGAGUGGUUGAAGUCAGCUGAGCUGAGAUCGACUGAAGAGUUUAUGGUAGGAACCGACCUGGAAUCAGUCAAAGAGCAGCUAUGUGAUCUUAAGGAAUUUAAGCGAGAACUUUACCAGAAGAAAAUCGAGAUAGAAAGUCUGAACCAUCGCUUUGUGUGCCGGCUGUCUCCGGGCUCGGAGCGUCCAGGCUCCGUCUCACCGCUGUGUGACUUCAGACUGCGCUGGGAUGGCCUGGAGUCAGAGACUGUCGGCAGACAGCAUCAGCUGGAGUGUGCUCUGCUGGGUCUGGGUCAGUUCCAAAACACAAUGGAUGAGCUGCACACAUGGCUUUCCCGGACCGCUGAACAGCUACAGGGCAGCCAGCCAAUCAGCAUCGACCUGCAGGCCUGUGAAAUAGAGCUGGCCAAACACAAGGUCUUGCGCAAUGAUGUCAUGUCCCAUGUCCGCACGAUGGAGUCCCUGAACCAGGCAGGCAGGGGGCUGCUGGAGGUUGGGUCCGGGGACAGCCCGCAUGGUCUGCAGUCUCGGUUGGAGCAACUCAAUGAAAGCUGGGAGUUUGUCCGCUGUGAGACUGAACGCAGACAGCUGGAAUUAGAGAACAGACUGAGUCAGGUACAAGAUGUGACAAUGGAGAUUCAGGAUCUCCUUCAGUGGCUGGAGAACACAGACAUGAGGCUGUCCUCUUCUAAAACCAUGUGGAGUAUGCCGGACUCUGCCAGUGAAAGGCUGAAUGCACAUUUGGAGUUGUGCAAUGAGAUGGAGUCAAAGCUCCACUCCUACACAGAUGUGAAGAAUGCCAUUUACAGGAUGCUGGAGAGCAGCAAUGUUGUCCGGGGGUCGAGCACCGAACACAGCUUGUCUAUUCUUGAACAGAAAUGGGCUUCUGUUUACAGCAAAGUCCAGGAGCGAAAGGCAAAGCUUACAGAAGGACUGAGUCUGGCCAAGGAGUUCCACAGUAACGUCCAGGAACUUCUCACUAAGAUGAGCAAGUGUGAAGAGUCUAUUGGGCUUCUUCCUGCUCCCAGCUUUGUUCUGGACACAGUUUGUAAUCAGCUGCAGGACCACAGAACACUGCUGAAUGAGGUGAACGGUCACGGUGAGAAGAAGAGCACAGUGGAAAACACAGCCCGUAGACUCACAGAGCUGAGCAGGAAGGAAGACUGUGAUGUCAUUCAUAACCUGAUCAUGGCUGUCCAGGAUCGCUACAAAAAACUACAGCAGCGCACGUCAGAAAGAGGCAGGAUGCUGGAGGAGGUCAGAAAGAGUGCCAAACAGUUUAAUGAAUCAUGGCGCCUGCUGGUGGACUGGAUGACGGAGGUAGAACAGACAUUAGAUACACACAAAGAGAUUGCUGUGUCCCACGACGAGAUUAAACAACAACUGACUGAGCAGAAGGAAUUCCAAAAACUGCUGAGGUCAAAGAGGCCCAUGUACGAAGCUACGUCAAAGAACGGACGUAGCCUUCACGAAAGAGCUCAAACCGGCCACGAUAGACAACAUCUGGAAAAUCUACUGGCUGAACUCAAAGACACGUGGGACACCAUCACUGGCAAGUCUAUGGAGAGACAACACAAGCUGGAGGAAGCGCUGCUGUUCUCAGGUAGAUUCACCGAUGCUCUCCAGGCCCUGAAUGACUGGCUGUACAGAGCGGAGCCCCAACUAGCUGAGGAUGUUCCUGUUGGUGGAGACAAAGACAUGGUGCACAACCUGAUAGACAAACACAAGGCCUUCCAAAAGGAGUUAGGGAAGCGAGCCGGAUGCAUUAGGACCCUGAAGCGCUCUGUGAGGGAUCUGACCAGGAGCAGCACAGCUGACGCUCACUGGCUGCAGGAGCAGAUGGAUGAGCUGGAGGGCCGCUGGGAGGCUGUGUGCAAACUGUCAGUCAGCAAGCAAGACCGACUGGAGGCUGCACUCCAGCAGGCUGAAAAGUUUGAUGGCCUUGUCCACUCUUUCAUGGAACGGCUCACUGAGGCAGAGAGGAUACUGAAGUAUGGGGUGAUACCAGAGGAGGAGGAGGCUCUGCUUGCUUUCCGCAGACAACACAUGGAAUCGAUGGGUGCCUUGCAGGCUCAGGCGAUGGAUCUACAGAACAUCCAUUGUCUAGGUGAAGAGAUCCUGGCCUCCUGUCACCCGGACUCCAUAAUCACCCUAAAAUCUUGGAUCAGUGUAACCAAGACCCGUUAUGAGGAGGUUCAGACCUGGGCUCAGCAACAGGGCCAAAAGAUUCAGACCAACUUGGCAGCGCUGGAGGCAGAGAGAGAGGAAGUCCAGAGGCUGCUGGACUGGAUCUCCUCAGCAGAGGAAGCUCUCAGCCUCAGAGACCAAGAGCCUCCUGCUGAGACCACCGAGCAGAACCAAGAACUGAUCGAGCAGCACACAGUAUUUAUGGAGGAGUUGAAUAAAAAGUUUCCAGAGGUAGAACUUGCCACAAAGUCCUGCAAACACAAGAGCAUUUCUAAACAGCAACUUUCCCCCAGCAAACGGCCCAUCACAAAGAGGAGGAGCACUAUGAAGAUGCAGCCUGCUGUACCCAUUCCCCUGGAGCACCUUGACCCCCAGACCCCGGAGCUCAGUCAGCUGGUCAGUCAGUGGCAGAAACUUUGGCUCCUGGCUGUGGCUAGACAAAAACAUCUGGAACAACACCAGCAAGCACUCAAAGAGAUGGAAGAAUUUGCAAAUUUCGACUUCAAUAUUUGGAGAAAGCGUUACAUACAGUGGAUUAGUCAUUUGAAGUCACGGAUCUUAGACGUGUUCCGCAGCAUCGACCGGGACCAGGACGGACGCAUCAGCCAGAAGGAGUUCAUUGAUUAUGUCCUCGCUUCCAAAUUUCCUACCAACUCUCUGGAGAUGAAUGCAGUAGCAAACAUCUUCGACAUGAACAGUGACGGCUUCAUUGACUACUAUGAGUUUGUCAGUGCACUUCACCCGAGCAGAGAUCCGUACAGGAAAACACUGGAUGCAGAUCAAAUCAACGAAGAGGUGAGUCGACAGGUGUCACAGUGUAACUGUCCCAAGAGGUUCCAAGUGGAGCAAAUAAGUGCCAAUAGAUACAGGUUUGGAGAUUCCCAGCAGUUGCGGAUGGUUCGUAUCCUGCGUAGCACAUUAAUGGUCAGAGUGGGAGGAGGUUGGACUGCUCUGGAUGAGUUCCUGGUCAAGAAUGACCCCUGCAGAGUGAAAGGCAGAACCAACCUGAAGAUCAAGGAGAAGUACUUGUCUCCUGCAGGAAGCUCGUCUAAGGGUUUGACUGUCAGCAGGUCCAACUCAAGCCUCAGCCUCUACAGCAGUGCCUCCGCUCCCACAAGCCCCAUGACACGCAAGGCGUUACUCCGCAGAAGUUUCUCAGGUGACCGUUGCAUUCGUCCCAGGAGCUCCAUCGCUGCUUUGGGGUCUGAUCUACAGUUUGUCACAACAGGAGAUGACAAUUCUCCCUCACCAUCAGAUGAAGCUGAGAGGUUACCCACAUGAUUACCUCCACCCCUGAGCACCAUGUGUAUGCUACAGUGCUGAAUCCAAACACAGCCUUGGGGCUCCCUCCCCGAAACAUAGUGAUAAGCAGAAGUAACGUGAUAGAGGGGCCAAAAAGCGAUGCAUCACAUCUGAAAAGGCGACACUGACAGAAAAAAGGUCAGCAAAGGUGAUUAGAAGUCAUGCUCAAGGGUCUUUGAGAAAUCUGCGUGAAGAUUAUGUCUUCUCGGUGUGGAGGUUAGUCCAGAUGCAAGACAAAGAUGUUCUUGUCCCCUGUUGCAUUUCAUACAGUAGUAUCUGAUUGCGUUAGAGAGUAGGAAUUGAAAAGUUCUGCAUGGACGCUUAUUGCAUGAUAGCCUUGAGAGCCUUGCUUACAUCAGAUUUUGUUUUUGUUCCAGCUUGUUGUUCUUUUUUGGUUGUAAUGAUGAGCAAAGUCAGACGGUAACAGAACCUGAGAGAGAAUAAUGUCACAGCCAGUAAUGUGGUGACAUAUUAUACAUGGUAUGUAAAGGUGUUGUACUGUCUGACUGCCCCAACUAGUGUCCAAAAAA